AUGGGCGCGUCCGGCUGCAAGGUCGAGCCGUCCGACCCGACGCGGUCCAUCGAGCUCCUCUCGCUCGGCCGCGCUGGUCCUGGCGAGACCAACCAAGUCGAGUUCCUCUACUUGCCGUCCGGCGAGAUCCUCGCGCAGACGCCGACCAAGCCAUCGCCAUCGCCGCCGCCAAUGGCCGUAUCGACAGCAACAUCCCAUGUGCCCAUGCUUCUCGAGUCGGUCGACCGGUUCGACCAGGCGCGGUCGCCAUCGUCGUCGUAUGCAUCGACGCUGCGGCCACAGCAGCUCUCGCCUCGGUCCGCGAGCGCCAAGUCGUAUAGCAGCAGAGCCUCUCAUCUCAAGACGCCGUACCAGCAGCGCAUCCUCGAGCUCGAGACGCUGUUGGAACACGAGAAGAAGCGGUCGCUGCAGAAGAUGCGCCAGCUCCUCGACGAGCAGGACAAGACACGCGAGCUCGAGAGCCAAAUCAGUGCGCUACAGCACCGAUGCCACGCGCUCGAAGGCGCGCUGGAGCGGCAGGACGCGCACGCACGCGAGCUCCAAGAAGCCAACGAGACGUGCGAGGCCCGGAUGGCGUCGCUGGUUGCGGACCAUGGCCGCCAGACGAGCCAGAUGGAAGCACUACAACACCAGAUCCAGACGCUCGCGGUGGCGUCUACGGCAGCAUCACCUGCUCCAGAGUUGCCCGCCGUGACGGCGCCACCACCUCCACGACGGCUGGCGGACGAGGCGAGCCAAACUGAGAGUGAGACGCCUCCAGACACGGAGCAACCACCAUCGUCGCAUCUGGCUCUCCUCGAGGCCAUCCACGCAUGGAAACAGUCGCUGGACGAGUGGUGCGCGCAGCCGCCAUCACCGCUCAAGGUUCGCCUCGAAGACAUACUGCAGGACUUUCCAUCCCUCUCGCUGCCAUCGUCGUCGUCGUCAUCAUCACCGCCCAUCCCGUCCGAGGCGUCGGCGGUAUUGAAGCGGCAGCUGCAGCUCAUGGAACACGAAUGGCGGCAAACGCACGCCAAGUACGUCGAGCUCAAGGAGCUCUGUGCGCGACAGUGCGUGCGCGAAGCCGACCUGCAAAACUUCGUCAACGAGCACCGACUGCGCGGCAACUGCUCGCUUCAAACCGCCGCCGCCGCGUCGACUUUUGACGACACGCUCCAUGGCGACCAAGGCCGCAUGAAGGUCGUCAUCACACACAAGCCCGAGUCGGCUGUGCACGCCAAGCUCGACGCACUGCGCGUCAAGAAGGAGCAAGUGACCGUGCUGCCGUCGGCGCGCUUGACCAAGAAACACGAGCGCAUGCCGACGCCGAAAGCGCUCAAGAAACCAAAAAAGAAUCACCGCAGUGACAAGGCGCCGUUGACAGCUGGCCGCACGCCCUUGAGCCGACCGUGGGUUUGCUAA